GCGCGGAGCGGCGGGCCGGACUGUCCGCCAUUUACUGAGCGUUUCACACACCGAGUCCCGGGGAACACACCGACUGACGGACCCCGGGUCUGAGCCGGCGCACACCGGGCAGCUGGCUCGAAUCCCCCCGGUACCGUGGACGAAGUUAAUCGUUCACCCGACUGUUAGCUACAAGCUAACGUUAGCCUGACCGGUGAAGUCAGCUGCUUUACACCGGACAUGAUGACGUUGUAUUCGCGUUAGCCUCGCAGCUGUUAGCCCGUUAGCUUAGCUCCAAGUUUCACAAUAAAACCCGUUCGCUUCCUGCGCAUGAAUUUAAAUAGGAACGUAAAUAAAUCUGCGUGAAUGCGAACCUAACAAGUCCACGGUGCUGCUCCGCUAAAGGCAUCGGAGCGUGUGUACGCGCCCAUGUGCGCGUGUCCGCUGUAGUAGAUCAACAUGAACUAUUGGUGUGAAACUGCGGUGGGGGGGCAUGACGUGAGACACAAUGAAAUCACCUUCUCGGGAUGACGUCAUAAACAAUAUAUCAGAUCAUGUAGAAUCUGAUGUUUUUCAGUUUCCUUCAGUAUCUGAGUCAGUGUAAACAGGAAGUGAUCAGUCACCUGCUUUUAUUUUUUGAAAGAACAGGAAGUGUUAACAGUGAGCUGCUUUUACUUUGAAAGUAAACUGAUACAGGAAAAGAAGCGGUUCCCAGAUGUGUCUGUUGAUGGUUUCCUGAGUCACGUGGUUGUGGCCUCUGUUGGACAGAUGACGGAGACGGUGAAGUACGUGGACGACGAGCACAGGAGCAUCUUCCUGAAGCUGCUGAACGAGCAGCGGCUGGAGGGCGAGCACUGUGACAUCGCCGUGGUGGUCGAAGACGUCAAGUUCCGAGCUCACCGCUGUGUCCUCGCCGCCUGCUCCAACUACUUCAAGAAGCUCUUCAAGAAACAUGAGGUGGACAACUCAUCUGUGAUUGAGAUCGACUUCAUCCGCUCCGACAUCUUUGAGGAGGUGUUGAACUACAUGUACACGGCGAAGAUCUCCGUCAGGAAGAGAGACGUUAACCUGAUGAUGUCAUCAGGACAAAUCCUGGGCAUCCGCUUCCUCGACAAGCUGUGCUCACAGAAACGAGACGUGUCCUCAGAAGACAAAGACAAGUUUCCAUACGACAUCGUGAAGAUGGCUCUGCCUCCGGAGGCUCAGCUGGCUGCUGAGGCUGACGUACGAUCUGAUCCUUACUCAUCAGAUUCAUUCAGGAUCCAUCAUGUCUCCUUCAACAUGUCCCUGUGGUGCGUUCAGGUCCUCGGGGAGCACGACGACACGCCCACCGCCGAUGACCUCGUUGAGGCAUCAGCCAAUCAGGAGUUGGAUAAGUCUCCCAGUGCAGCGCUACGUGUCCAGGAAGCAAUCCUGAAGGAACUGACCAAUGAUGAUGUACACAAGGUUACGUGUUAUGACCAGGAUGUGGUGACAGACAUGGAGGCUGAGCCUAAAGAGCUGGGGGCGGAGCAUCACGCCACCCAGACGCUGACGUUUGCUGACAGUAUGGGGGAGGUGAAGGACGAGCAGCCGCCUGGUUGGUCCACAGCCACCACCGACAUGAAGUUUGAAUACUUGUUGUAUGGACACAGAGAACAACUUGCCUGUCAGGUGUGUGGGAAGAGCUUCCUGGACGAAAGCCGCCUCAGGAAACACGAGAAGCUUCACUCGGCCGAGCGUCCGUUUGCGUGUGAGAUCUGCACCAAGGCGUUCACCACACACGCUCACCUGAAAGAACACCUGAAGAUCCACACGGGGUUCAAACCAUAUCGGUGUGACGUUUGUGGAAAAUCGUUCAUCAGAGCGCCGGACCUUAAAAAACAUGAACGAGUUCACAGCAACGAGAGACCAUUCGCCUGCCAGAUGUGUGACAAGGCGUUUAAACACAAGUCUCACCUGAAGGAUCACGAGAGGAGACACAGAGGAGAGAAACCAUUUGUCUGUCCCUCCUGCACCAAGGCCUUCGCCAAGGCCUCAGAUCUGAAGCGUCAUGAAAACAACAUGCACAGUGAGAGGAAGCAGCUGAAUCCACUGCAGAGCGACACAGAGACACUGCAGGCCGCCGCCAUGGCUGCAGAGGAGCAACAUCUGGACAGCAUCAGCUGAUCCAAACAUCUGGACAGCAUCAGCUGAUCCAAAACAUCUGGACAGCAUCAGCUGAUCCAAAACAUCUGGACAGCAUCAGCUGAUCCAAAACAUCUGGACAGCAUCAGCUGAUCCAAAACAUCUGGACAGCAUCAGCUGAUCCAAAACAUCUGGACAGCAUCAGCUGAUCCAAACAUCUGGACAGCGUCAGCUGAUCAAAACAUCUGGACAGCGUCAGCUGAUCCAAAACAUCUGGACAGCGUCAGGCGAUCCAAACAUCUGGUGGACUCCAGCUGUUGAUGACAUCAUCAUUCAACCAUUUUCUCUGUAUCUUAUGUUCAUUUUUAACAGAGACCUUUUAUGAAGUUCUGUUUGUGUUGAAGUCGUUUCCUCGUGUGCGACAGUAAACUGAUGACCUCAGUAGUCAUGUGAUCCACGUGAUGUAUGGCUUCAUGUACGAUCUCACAUUGUUUUUACACGUGAAACCAAACUCUGUACAGAAAUCAGCUGAUUUUCAAGCUGUUGGUUUGUGUUGUAUAAAACCGUUGCUCUGUUCAGUUUCAUGAGCGGAGCCGCUGUUAGAACACGUCUGUUUAUUUCAUCACGAUAAACUACAGGUGCCCAGAGUGGACACGUGAACUGAACUUUUUACACGGUUCCACUGAAAAUAAACCUUUUCAUUCAGA